AAUUUAAAUCCUGCGCACAACACGAUCAUGCACACAUUACUUGGAGUAAAUCCUGUAAAUCAAACAUUGACUGGAGAAAAUAUUUGGAAAGAUUUAGAUAUAUUUUUUCUCAUUUACUUAUGUAUUUGGUUGAAAUGAAUAGAAAUAUAAAACGACAGGCCUGUAAAAACUUCUAAUGAAACUUUUCUUUUGCGCAUAAACUUUGGUAAUUUUAAGAGUAAGUAACUGAUCCAGGGUUUAGAAAUACCUAUGGUGAAAAUGUGAAUCUCGCUUUAAAUGUUGGACUUUAAGGGAGCUUUAUUUUGCCUCAGAGCACUGGUUGUUUUGUGUAACUGUGCAAGGACAGCUCAGGCCCCGUGUGUGUUUUUCUACGCAAAUUUGCACCUGCAGCCCGGCCUUCUCAUUGGCUGAGAGCGCAGUCAGAUUCUCCUGCGGAAUUAUCUGAUUGAAAAUCAGGGAGGGGAGAAAAAGAAAGAGCAACAAGUGUUAUGGUGUUACACUGCUUUGCUUUGCUGGCUUGCAGGGAAAGGAUUUUUUGCGCCUCCAGAAACAGGGAACCAACAAAACUAUCAUACUUUUAACUAACUUCGAGUGUGACCUGGACGGAAGCCUGCUGGGUUAAGGGUGAGUUUGUGCUGAAAGUAAAUUAGAGACAAUGGAGGAGAAAGUCUUGGAUGGAGUUUUAUUUUUUUUUUUGACAAAAUUUAAAGCGUCUUUUAAGAUGAAAAAUUGACAAAUAUAGGUCGCUAUUGCCUUACUCUAAGCUAAGUAAAACUAAAAGAAAAGAAAAGAAAAGUAAAAGUGAAGCUUCUCCUAUUUAGCCGCUUAAAAAGUGCGUCAAAGUAGUAGAUAAAAAUGAUAAUAGAGGCUUUUUAAAGUAGAAAUUUUGACAAGAAAAUCGAACAAUUAUGAUCAAUUAAACCUAUUUUUAAAUGUAGUGUAAAAAAAAGUCGAAAAGUCUUGGUUUUGAAUUAAACCCUGUUGCUUUAGUGACAUUUUAACAUCAAAUCACUCGUGUCUUUUUUUCUUUAGACAACAGUUUCAUCAUGCCACGGUCAUUUCUGGUGAAAAACAAAAGACUACCGUCCUACAAUAUUCACCGAACAUACGAGGACGAGCCACAGGCCCCCACAUGUACAGGUAAGAUCGCUGUGUAGGCUACUUGAAGUUAUAAAUAGCCUACUGUGUUAUGUUCGCCACUUCUUUUUAUGAACUUAUAAACGUCAGUAUACUUUUGUCGACAUGAUAUUUGCUCCUUAUUUGAGUGAUACUGAAGUCGUCUUCACUGUUGUUGUAAGUGAAGAAACAAAGACUGAAAAAGACAUGUCUUCAUCUGAAAAUGUGCAGACAACAGUAAAGAUAGUAAAGCUAAAUUACUGCUAUUUUGUAUUCUAUUAUUAUGUGUUGGAAUAACUCCUGUGUAAUAACUCCAAGCCAGGCCAGGGGGAAAAAACAAAGAAACAAAAACAGAUAGUUGUGUUUUACCAGAAAAACUGACAAUAUGGCAAAAAGUUGUCAAAAAUUCAAAAUGGAAGGAGACAGUAAACUUCUGGUUUGUCCCUCCGAACAUGGAGAGAUAGAUAGCACAACAAUAAGAAUAACUGUAUUUUAUCCCCGAAGGGAAAUUCAAGGGAAUAAGGAAUGAGUAAUAAGUAGUGACUCAUUACUUACUCAUUACGGGAAUAACAGUUAUAUGUUAAAUGUCCAAAGCCUUUGAAAAGCAUGAAGAGAAUUUCAUCCCAGUGCGGGGGAUCUAUUUGGAUACUUGGAUAAGACACAUCUGCAAUACAGAUAUGAUAAAAAGGGCAUUAUUGAAAUAUUUUGGACAUGUCCAUUACCAUCAAAAAUGGUCUCUUAUUGUUUAGAAGUUUACAGAAAUGAAUUAGCAUCAAAUUGGAAACUCGACCUGGAUAUCAUCCUGUCAAAGACUGAUAGUUAUAUUAUGUGUAAAUCCUGACAGAUGUCGAUUUACUCUUGAAGCUGGAGGUAAAAAGAAUGAUGUAGUCUUCCUUUAACACCACAUAAGUAAACUCUAAACACACAAAUGACAGAGACAGUGCAAGCAUGUAAAAGAAGAGCUCUACCUCUUCAAAAUCUGGAUACUUUUGUGUUAAAAAUCAAUUUUUAAGACCGAGUUGUUCCUCAAAACUGGCACUAUGGUUUGAUAAUAUGGAGGGUUGUGGAUACUCAGUGAAGAGAUGGACUCAUUACUCAAGCAUGGACCCUGAACAACACUUGACAAAGCAAACUGGGUAUCAUAGAAAAAGAGACCUCAGCUGGGCCGAAAAUACUGUGUUACAUUAAUGUCUUCAUGUUUGUGUGCUCUUGUAGUUUACAACUGUUCUUAUCAAAAAAAUUUAAAGGCUGCAAGAUGUUUGAAAAUCAGCUUUUAUUUUGAUUUAUUGGCAGAUUUAUAUAAAAGGGUAGACAUUAAUCUUGACUCUAUCAUGUGCCAUGCUCAAACUUUAAGGUCAUGGGCACAGAAUAGGUGUUUGCUAUUCAAACAAAAUGUCCUCCUCUGCAGGGUUUUGUUUUAAUAGCGUAUUUACUUGCUGUUUAAUCACACAGAGCAAUGUCCUCUGCUUGAAUCAAUCACACCUUUAUUUGUCGUGGAUUUGUAGAGGCUCCACCAGAGGUUCACAACACAGACUCCUCAGACGAGCCUCAGUCAGAGGAGCAGUCUCCCCCUCCAGACCACUGCUCCUUUAAGGAGGAGGAGAAGGAUUCAGAGCCUGAGCGCUCCUUACCUGCUCACCCAGAGCCAACCAGACCCCCUGUGGCUCUCACACAGCCGUACUACCUGAAUGGUGAGCUGGCUGUGCAUCCUUUUUAACCCCUCUAUGAUAAAACUUAGAACCAAGUCGUGAAAGUCUGUAUCUGUGCACCUUCAGAUCCUCACAUGGCAGGAUUUCCUCCGUACUUCAAGCCAACAUACGCCUGGGAGCCUGUGCCCUCCUCCUAUGAGCUCCAUCAGAUGAGUUUCAGCCCCAAAGUUCUGCAGCAUGCCGGAAAUCUGUACAGCUCUCAUCUGAGCUGUAGCCCGCCACCUCAGCAGCCUCUGGACUGCAGCACCCACUACUCCCCCACCUCCAACACCUACCACUGCAUCACCUGUGACAAGGUAUGCACAGCGCAGAAGACACACACCUGCAUGUACAGUUUUGAUUGAUCAGAUGAUGUUGUUAGACAGCAGCAAAUAUAGACCGUAAAUCCAGAUUCAGAUUCAAAGUCAUUCUCUAUUAAGAGUCAAAUUUUUCUUUACAGGUGUUCUCCACACCCCACGGAUUGGAGGUUCAUGUCAGGAGGUCUCACAGUGGAACGAGACCCUUUGGCUGCAACAUCUGCAGAAAAACCUUCGGCCACGCUGUCAGUCUGGAGCAACACAUGAAUGUCCACUCUCAGGUAAGGCAGUGACUCUAAGUAAUAUACAACAGAACACAGAAACAUGUAAUUAUUCAGUCACACUCUUUGUGCUCUGUGAAAGUCAGAUAUGGCUAGCUAAUGCUGAUGUUUACAAGAGUUUUUCACAAUAUUUUAGUCUGAUUUUCAGAUGAACAAUGAGAUAUGAUGUGUUCUUUCCAGGUAAUGUCAGUGCAAUGAAUGUAAUGAUAGGAUGCUUCUGGAUUUGGCUCCUUAUUGGUCUGAAUUAGUUUAGGUGGAGCGCCUACAUUUCCCAUGAUAUACACGUUUUCAUUUUAUCUUCUCUGCCUGAUAAAUGCCAGCAUCUGUCAACCCAAGUGUUUGUAGCGCAUCCAAAAUAAGUUGAAGUGACCUAAAGCUACGCCAUCAUGAUCGCAAACUAAACAGCACAGAGCAUACAGUGUGGUUAGGUCUUGUUAUGUGUGAUGUUGCGUGGUAACUACCAGGGUGGAGACAGCACAGAUUGAUAUAAUUUUCAUCAGCUUCGCACUGCAAACAUGCUCUAAAUUUAGCGAAUUUAACGAAACUUACAGCAGAGAAAAGAAGUGGUGAAAUUUUUGGUUUGUUUUUAAACUAAAAGAAGAUUCUGGAUUUUAUCAAAUAUCUGGAGGAAAAGUACAUCCUCCAUUUUUUGGGGGAGUUAGCCUACUUUUGUUGAUGUUUGUUCAUCUUAAAAUCACCAGACAUAUUUUGUUUUGAGCAAAAUGAUGACAUUAAGCGAAAAGAUAGUCAACUAUGACAUAUGGCAGUAAUGGUACUGAUAAAUUUAUGCAGAGUUUAUGCAAAGCAGGGCUGUUUUUGCCUUUUAAGGAGUUUCCUUGUGAUGAGUCGGACAACCUUGUCCUGGUGUUUUCACUGAUUUCAGUCUGAGCUUGUUAUUUAUGUGUUUAAAUGAGGAAAUUGAUUCAUCAGAUAUGUGUUCAAUCAAUGAUUUUCAUCUUGAAAAAUGGCCGUAGCAUAAAAUAAACUGAAUUGGAAAAAAAAUAAUUGAAUUCACCUGUUCUGAAAAUUUUAGAUUAAUCGAAUAAGCUUUUUUAAGCAGAAAAAUUACUCCACAGACUUGACUUGGUCGUUGUUUUGAAGUUCUGUCAUAUGUCACAUGAUUUCUAAACCGAAAGUCUGCGAAGUACUGAUAAAGUCGAAGAUUAUUUUUCAGAGCGGUCUGAGAUCUAUGGCUGUGGUUAGUUUGAAAGACGUUUUGAGAACAGUUCUGACUGCUUGCACAUUUUAUCUGUUAUUAAAGUUCAGGUGAUAUCACAAAAACAACCACGAGAAAGAGCUUGUGGAGAGAUGAUAUUUUUAAAGCAAGUUUCAAGCCCAGAGUUUAAUCUAAACUCUCUUUUUUGCUUAUCGUUGUGUAACCCUUUCUAUUUUUCGUCUUUACUGUAAACAGGAAAAAAGUUUUGAGUGUAAGAUGUGCGGGAAAACCUUCAAACGCUCCUCCACCCUCUCCACACACCUGCUCAUCCACUCCGACACGAGGCCGUACCCCUGCCAGUUCUGCGGCAAGAGGUUCCACCAGAAGUCUGACAUGAAGAAGCACACGUACAUUCACACAGGUACGUCAUAAUAGGCAUGAUUGAUUUACAGUGGGUGGACAUUUUUUGUGACAUUAAACAGCUCCACUUGCUGCUCUCCAGGUGCAGCAUAUUUCCAGGAGUAAUAUAACUGCUGAUAAAUCAGAAAAAAACAAAUGUCCUGUGGAUUUGCAUAUCUGGUUUUCCGGCUUCUCUCAGAACUCUGUAAAAGGAAGUCUGGGCUGUGGAUAUUCAGUACCAUGAAUGUUUGACAAAUCUGAACAAUAGCAUGAUUCUUUGGCCCUGGGUGUCAAUGCAAAUUUGAUCUUUAUGCUAAAAAGCUCCAUAUGUGGCAUGGGUGAAAGAAGAAAACUGGCUUUUGUUAUCUUGAACAAUUAUUUAGAGUUCAAUGUGUUGAUUAUUUUCUUCUUUUUUUUCAUGAUUUAAUUUGUAGGAGAAAAGCCUCACAAAUGUCAGGUGUGCGGUAAAGCCUUCAGUCAAAGCUCCAACCUGAUCACCCACAGCAGGAAACACACCGGCUUCAAACCGUUUGGAUGUGACAUUUGCUCAAAAGGCUUCCAGCGUAAGGUGGAUCUCCGCAGACACCACGAGAGCCAGCACGGCAUGAAGCCGAGACUUUAACCUCAGCUUUUCACCAUGUACAAAUCAACCUCGAAGUAGAUUUUAUGUUAUGGAGAUGUCUUAUAUCAUUUGGAUUUGACUUUGAAAAACAAAGUGACCAUUAAAUUUAUAGAUGGAUGUCUACUCGGGGUUUCCGUAGCUGAUAACAAACACAUAGAUUUUCCUUUUUGUUGUAAAUUAUUUAUUUAAAACCUGCUGGAUCUGUGUUGUAAAUUCUGGAUGUUUUUGUAAAUGCUUAUUCUGGAGUAAAUGUUGGAGUGUGAAUAUAAAUCUUUAAAAUAAAGUCCUGCAGAGUUCCA